AUUCCAGCAAAUAAACUUAACUGGAGAGUCCGAGGCAAAGACCUAUACUUUGCUCCUCAUCUCUUUGUCUCUCCUCUCCCAUAUGUAGUCUAUGCUGGUAUCUAUCUAUUUAAAAAAAUACAUAUCCGUAUAAAAAAGAACAAAAAAGGAACAAAGACUCAAUCUACGUAAAUAAACCAGUUUUAUCGGAGGGUAUUAAAAAAACAAAAAUAAAAUAAAAAAUGUCGACAGCUCAGGUAAACAACUCCAAGAUCACAGUCUAUGUGGUAUCAUGUUGGAUCUUUGCUGCCUUCGGAGGGCUUAUGUUCGGUUAUGAUAUUGGUAUUUCAGGUGGAGUAUCUGGUAUGGAUGAUUUCUUGAUAAAAUUCUUCCCAAAUGUAUAUGAAAGAAAGCUACAUGCAAAGGAGAACAACUACUGUAAAUAUGACGAUCAACUUCUCCAGCUAUUCACCUCAUCCUUGUACCUAUCAGCUUUGGUUUCUAGCUUUUUUGCGUCAAAAGCCUGCCAAUUGUUAGGUCGUAGACCCACCAUUUUCAUGGCCUCUGCUUUUUUCAUCGCCGGCGCCGUCAUUAGUGCUGCCUCUGAACACAGAUGGAUGCUCAUUGUUGGUCGUAUUUUGUUUGGCGUUGGUGUUGGCUUCGGAAAUGAGACUGUACCUUUAUUUUUGACAGAAGUAGCACCAAUCCAACUUAGAGGAGCUGUGAAUAUUCUCUUCCAACUGUUCGUAACAAUAGGAAUAUUCAUCGCGAAUCUGGUUAAUUAUGCAACAUCAACAAUGCAUCCAAAUGGUUGGAGGGUGUCACUAGGUCUUGCGGCUGUUCCAGCGUUUCUUCUUCUCAUUGGUUGUUUCGUCAUUACUGAUACCCCAGCAAGUCUGAUCGAACGUGGCAAAGAGGAUCAAGGCAAAGCAGCACUAAAGAAAAUCAGGGGAGUUGAAGAUGUUGAAGUUGAGUACAAAGAAAUAGUGGCUGCUUGUGAACAAGCCAAGCAAGUGAAACAUCCAUUCAGGAACCUCAUAAAAGCUGCAAGUGUUCCACCACUUGUGAUUGCCAUAUUUUUGCAGAUAUUCCAGCAAUUUACUGGAAUUAAUGCCAUUAUGUUCUAUGCUCCUGUUCUGUUCCAGACCAUGGGUUUCAAAUCUGACGGUGCACUUUUGUCCGCUGUCAUAACUGGACUUGUUAAUGUUGGUGCUACCUUUGUUUCCAUCUAUGCUGUUGACAAGCUUGGAAGGAGAAAAUUGCUCCUCCAAGCUUGUUGCCAAAUGUUAAUUUCUCAGUUGGCAAUUGGAGGUAUUUUGUCAGUCAAUUUGAAGGAGACAGGAACAUUGGACAGAACAUUGGCAGCAGUAGUGGUGGUUCUUGUAUGCACAUAUGUCAUGUCAUUUGCAUGGUCAUGGGGACCUUUGGGAUGGUUGAUUCCAAGUGAGACAUUCCCAAUGGAAACAAGAACAGCCGGUUUCGCCUUUGCCGUCAGCACAAACAUGCUCUUUACCUCCUUAAUUGCUCAGGCAUUCUUGACCAUGCUCUGCAAAAUGCAGGCUUACAUUUUCUUCUUCUUCUCGGCUUGGAUUGUUGUCAUGGGAUUGUUCGUCAUAUUCCUUUUGCCAGAAACCAAAGGAGUUCCUAUUGAUUCUAUGGUGGAAGAUGUAUGGAAGAAGCAUCCUGUUUGGAAGAAACUCUUCAAGAAUGAAUGAUCAUUCAAAGGAUGGCUUAAUAUCCCACCUAUGUAUAAAUUGGUUUAUAGUCUUUGCUUUAGUGAUAUAGAGCUUAACUUAUGGCAAUUGUUGCCUACAACCUAACCUCCUAUCCUUUGUAAAUUUGUUUCCAAUUAUCCAUGUAUCGAGGUUUAGUGCUCCAAUCAAGGCAAUUGGACGAAUUUUUGUGGUUCGUCCAGUGAGCUUUGAAAGAGUACUAGCUUCUAUCAUCUUUUCCUUUUAUUGAAUUCCAUGCUUUCAUUGUUUUG